UCCGCAACACAAUCUGCAGCAGCUGCCGAUUCAGCAUGAAGCCAAUCGUUUUACCUCUGAUUCUUUUUUGCCUACAUAUAGUAAUAGGAGUUCCUCUUCAAGAUAAUGCAGAAAUUGAUGUAGAUGGAGGAAGAAACUUGGACAUUUUUGACAUCAAUCUAGGUGCAGGCCUGGAUCUGUUUGAGGGAGACAUCAUACUGGCUGAUACACACCAAAGGAACUCAAUCAUUGGAGAUCAAUAUAGGUGGCCAAUACCUGUUCCAUAUUUUUUAGAGGACAGCUUAGAAAUCAACGCAAAAGCACUAGUUCUAGAAGCUUUUGAACGUUAUCGACUGAAAACGUGUAUUGAUUUUAAACCAUGGGAAGGUGAACCUAAUUAUAUCUCUGUCUUUAAAGACAGCGGCUGCUAUUCUUAUAUUGGAAAUUUACGGCGAGGAAAGCAACAACUGUCAUUGGGAACCAACUGUGAUCGCAUAGCCACAAUUCAACACGAGUUCCUCCAUGCUCUGGGAUUUUGGCAUGAACAGUCCCGCGCUGACAGGGAUGACUAUGUCACCAUUGUGUGGGACAGGAUUCUGCCAGGGAGGGAGCACAACUUUAAUGUGUAUGACGAUACAGAAUCAGACUCCUUAAAUGUGCCAUAUGACUACACUUCUGUCAUGCACUAUAGCAAAACAGCCUUCCAAAAUGGGACAGAACCAACCAUUGUCACUAAGAUUGCUGCUUUCAGUGAUGUGAUUGGGCAGCGUAUGGAUUUCAGCGACUAUGAUCUUGAGAAACUGAAUCGAUUAUACAACUGCUCUUCCAGCAUUAGCUUUAUGGACACGUGUACCUUUGAGUACAAUAAUAUCUGUGGCAUGAUACAAGGUACAGCAGAUAAUACAGACUGGAAUCAUGUUCUUCACAGCGCUACUGGGCCCAGUAGUGAUCAUACGCACCUUGGGAACUGCAAAGACAGUGGUUAUUACAUGCACUUCAGCACCAGUACAGGCAAUGCUGGGGAAAAGGCACAGCUGGAAAGUAGACUUUUCUAUCCAAAGAGGGAAUUUCAAUGUCUGGAGUUCUUCUAUUACUACAAUGGUAAUGAGAAUGAUGCACUGAAUAUUUGGAUCAGAGAAUAUACAGAAACCUCUCCCAAUGGCACUCUGACAUUCAUCACCAGCAUUAAGGGAAAUCCUGCAGAAUAUUGGCAGCUCCAUCAUGUUUCUUUAAAUGUAAAGAACAAAUUUCGUGUUGUGUUUGAAGGGGUUAAAGGAAAUGGACCGAGCAAUGGAGGGUUUGCCAUAGAUGACAUUAACUUGUCAGAAGCUCUUUGUCCUCAAUAUAUUUGGCACAUCAGAAAUUUUACACAGUCCAUAAAAGAUAAUGUAACAAUUUACAGUCCCCCAAUUUAUUCCAAGGAUGGUUAUGCAUAUCAAGUACAAGUCCUACACAAUGGUCCAGCUGACAAGCCAUAUGAUCUUGGAAUAUAUUUCCACCUGAUAUCAGGAGCUAAUGACGAUAAACUGCAAUGGCCAUGUUCUUUAAGACAGGCAAAAAUGGAGCUUAUGGAUCAGAAUCCAGAUAUCCGAAAGCGUAUGUCAAAUAUGAGAAGCAUCACGACAGAUCCUACGCAAGAGACAAGCAAUGGUGUCUUAUUCUGGGACAGACCAGCAAAUGUUGGAGUUAUUGCUACUUUCCCUAAUGGAACCCAAUUCUUCCGUGGACCUGGAUAUGGAACCUCUGCAUUCAUUAGCCAUGACAGACUUCACAGCAGAGACUUUUUAAAGGGAGGUGAUGCUUAUUUACUGCUGUCUGUAGAGGAUGUUUCACAUCUAAAUGCAACUCAGCCAACUCCUGUUCCCACCACCACCACAAAGCCCCCAAUAACAAGUAUUCCUAACCCAACAAAACCGGGUCCAGAUGUUCCUAAGGAAUGUGAAAGUUUAGUGUGUAAAAAUGAUGGUGUCUGCGUCCUUGAGAAUAAGAAGGCGGUGUGCAGGUGCAAGGUUUCUAAAGACUGGUGGUAUGUUGGAGAGAAGUGUGAAAGAAAAGUCUCAAGCCAAGACACACUGGUCAUAGCAGUCUCCUCUUCAGUGACAAUAUUUGCAGUUAUGCUGAUAGUCACACUCACAAGUGUAUUUUGCUUGAAAAAGAAACACAAGAAGCAACUAGCAAACUCUGGAAAAGCUGAAACCACUGGAAAUGCAUAUGCAUUCUAAAGGCAUGAGGUUUUAGUGCAACCAUCAAGGAAGAACUACUGAAUAAUGUACUGGCAUUACAACAGCAACUUUCUCACUGCCCGUGGAAAAGGAUCAUUUGGAAAUCAAGUUAAUUGUAUUGGGUGUGUAUAAGUGGUAUAUCAACACUCAAUAUGGGCUGUAACAGGCAUUUAAUAACUUCAGAGUCUCCCAGCUGUUUAACAAAUGAGUGGACUCCAGUUUUACCAGAUGGAUAUCCCCAGGCCAUGAAAAGUAUAAUAUUAAACAGAUAAAGCCA